GACAGCACGUGGCCACAUCCGGCGCGCCUCGGAACUAGCGGCUAUGGACGUAGGUGCUGACGAGUUUGCAGAGACCCUCUCAUUCCUGCACGAUAUCAUCGAUGAGGCAGACUUUGUGGGUCUCGACAUAGAGUUCACAGGUCUGCGUUCAAACUCGUCCCGGCCCCAGCAGAUCAGUCUCUUUGAUUUGCCAUCCGAGUGGUAUAUGAAGACCCGGCAGAGUGUUCAGCAAUUUACAAUAUGUCAGAUUGGUUUGUCUGUGUUUUCCAGCAUUGAAGGAGAAUCAAACAAGUAUGUAGCCCAUUCCUGUAACUUCUUUCUCUUCCCUACAACGUUUGGGAUCUUGGACUCGGAGUUCUCUUUCCAGGCGUCUAGUGUUCAGUUUUUGAAUCAGUAUGGCUUCGACUAUAACAAGUUCCUCAAAAAUGGAAUCCCAUACAUGAAUGAAGAGCAGGAGAAGAAAAUUAGGGAGAGCAUCUUGAGAGGGAACUGGAGAGUCCGAAGUUCUCUGGAUAAAGACCAAAUUAAGGUGGUGAUUGACAAGGUGACUAGGUGGCUGGAUCUGGCUGAGGAAGGUGACCGGAUGACUCUUCCUGGUAUUGCUGGGUUCCAAGCCUAUGAAGUCCAAAUGGUCCUGAGGCAGGCCCUCCCCAAUAUCUGGACAGUGCUGAAAGAUGAAGGGGUGAUUGUGAAGAAGGUCAGUCAGCCUCAUCGCUGGUACCUUGAGAAUGCCUCUUGCGAUCAAAUCAGGUGUUGGAGGGAGGAGAUUGUGCUCUCUGCAAGGGGCUUUUCUGUCUUUUUCAAGAUGUUGGUGAGAGCCCAGAAGCCUCUGAUAGGACACAAUAUGAUGAUGGACCUACUGCAUCUCCAUGAAAAGUUCUACAAACCUCUUCCAGAAAGCUAUGAUGAGUUUAAGCAGAAUAUCCACAACCUGUUUCCUGUCAUCAUUGACACCAAGAAUGUGACAAAAGACAUCUGGAAGGAAAUGCGUUUCCCACGAGUCUCCAACCUCUCAGAAGUGUAUGAUGUGCUAAGCAGUGACUUGAAUCCCACUAACAGUACUGGACCAGAGAUUAUUCAUGCAAGCGAGUGUGAAAAAUAUGCUGAGACCAAGUGCCCCCAUGAAGCUGGAUAUGAUGCCUUCCUCUGUGGGUCAGUUCUUUUGAAAGUGGCGCACUUGCUCCUGGAGAGGGUGCAUGAUGCUGGUUCUGUGGACGAGCUCACCUUCUCACAAUACCUGGAUGUGCUGGAGCCCUAUGUGAACCAAGUGAAUCUUAUCCGAGCUGGGGUUCCUAAAAUUAAUCUUUCUGGCCCAGAUUACCCCAGUAUCCGACCUCCUGUACUCAUCCUUACUGUCAAGAGGUGGCCUGGGGUCACCGAGCAUCAAGUCUACCGUGAGUUCCAGAAUCUUUGCAAGUUCGAUGUCAGGCGAUUCACCCAAAACCAGUUCCUGCUCCUCACCAAUAAGUUUAAGGAUGCCCGCAGCGUCUUGAAGGAGUACAGGAGCCACCCCACCCUGCAGGUCGCCCUGUACCGCUACUGGAAACAUUCCCCCAACAUCACCUGCCUGUUAAAAGUCUGCAGCAUCAUCACCACCUGGGCCAUAGUUGCAUUUGUCCUGGGCAGAUCCAGUCCCAGAGUGCGUUGAUCCUCGACUACUGGGAGAGCUUCCCGGGAUGGCCCUCAUGACUUGUCUGUAUAAACAAGUUUGUUUUCAGGAAGACCUGUAUGGUGGUCCUUUUAUUAUUUUGUUCUGUUCUGAAUGUGAGAUUCUAUACCUUUGUACAUGGCCAAUGCAUUCCUUCCUGUAACUGCUGGGGGAAGUCCUGGCCACUUGGGUUGGAGCCACUGCUCUAACAUGCCCAGAAUUUUUUGAUGGGUAUGUGUGAGCGAAGGGGCUACUGGGACAGGAGCUGGCAGAGACUAAGGAAGGAGCUGCUGCUGCUGCUGCUGUAAAUUCAGUAGAAGCUGUGUAAGCACCACACUGCAGGUAUCUGGCCAACACUGGGAUGCAAAAAACAGACUUCCAGGGCUCCAGGCUCACAGAACUGGAGGAGAGCAACACCGAACAGGUCAGCAGGAGUAAUGCUGAAGGAGAAGCAUGCCGCGCUGGCACAGAAAGGGAUGUCAGUCACCAAGUCAUGGGACUUCCAGGGUUCUGCUGAUUCUGCCCCAGCCAAGUGGCACAGGUGUGCGAAGUUCAUAGUCCGUGAUUGGAGCCAGCCAGCACUACUACUAUCAUGUUACUGCUCGAAGAUUGGGACACAGCCAUCUGAAGACCUCUUCAUCUCAAAGAGACAAGCCGUAUCACUUCUCUUUCCAGAGCUGAGAAGACUACCCAAGCUCCCUUCCUUAAGUUGUGGGAUGUUGCAAACUCAGUCUCCCCACCCUGAUAAUCAGUGAUAAUCAGUUUAAGAUGCCUCUCAGGGGUCUCUUCCUUUGCUUCCCCCCACUUCCUUCUCUUCUAAAGCAACCUCAGCUCUGGGCUAAGGUGGUUUGUGUUCCUGCUUGCAGGCACCUGGACCCCCAC